CCUACAUCGUAGUCAUGUUCAUUCCACUUCACGUCCUAGACCUCAAUUCAACAUCUCGAUCCAACGGCAGACGUACCACCAAACUUCCACUUUCACUCAACUCAAUUCCCGACCACGACGCCCGGCACACCCGGGAAGUGGCCAAUACCGCCUCCGGACCCCGGAGCGGCGUUCUAUGACCGUCAUGGGCCGGCUCAUGACGCACGUGACUAGUCGGAAUAAUCAUUGGCAUUGCCGGUCCCAUUGAAACCACCUACACCGCGUCUAUCAAACCUCAUUCGCCUUCCUCAAAGUGUCCACCGCGGGAGUCUGCAGCGGCUGGCCAGCCAUUACCGUGGCGACAAAUGAGAAGCCCGCACGUUCUUGAUGGGAAAACCGGGCGGUACCCAGCGAGCAAACACCAUGAUCGAACUACUGCAGCAUCCCGAAGAGCGCGCAUCAUUCUUCUUACCGCCCCCCCCCCCCCCCCCCUUUUAUGUCCACGUUUCCUCGUCCUGCGCUAGAAGCUCUCAUCUGGUUGCCUGAGACACUUCCUUGAUCUGAGGGCUGACCGCUUCUGCGAUCUAUUGCAGCCUCAAUCCCUGUCACGCUCUCGAUGGCUACUGGGCAUCUUUGAAAAAAGUCAUCAUCCCCCUUUUCCUUUUGAGCUGAGGGAGGAGUGACGAAAAGGGGGCUGCAAUCGCCACCGCCUCCAAUACCAAGACUUGACCGCAUGCCAUGGACCCAGGGCAUCUCGGGAGACUUUAUAGAUCCCAGGGAAAUUUAUGUAGUCUUCGGCCAUCGAUUCUCAGCACAUGGCACGCCACACCAAUGAGACCCAGUCGUUGCAGCCCGCCCGCGUUGAACCUCACCUCCCAGCGCACAUAACACGGAACAUUUCCCACGUGAGUUGCACAGCCCUGCUUUGCCCAACCUGUGGCUUGCUGUCGUCAAUCUUCCGCCCUUCUGCGUUCUGGAUCCGCGAUCCCCCCCUGGUUUUUUUCUCUUCUUCUUCUCCUUUCUUUUUCUUAUGAUUUCGGCUGGUAUCUGAGCCGGCUGAGCAGCGACCAAGUGGAGAGUGAUGCUGACUUCAUCCUUGUCCGCCAUCCGUUCUCGCCGUUCUCAACCUUUGACUUUACAGGCAAGGUUGGCUGUUCAGGAGUGCAGAGUUUUCUUUAUUCUCGGCGCCGAGACAGUUCCUAGACAACCUGGUCAGCCGCUGUACGACGGAUUAAGACAUAGUUUCCUGUCUCAACCCGACAUCGAUCCCAUUCGAACCAAUACCCAGACUGAAAAGACAGGAAGUUUUCCAGUCGUAGACGAACUGUGGGUUUUUUAUUGUCUUUCAAAAUUAAUUGGAAACAGUAUGACGCAUUGAGUACUGUGAAAAUGGAAUCCAGAAAGAACUCCUGCUUCAAGAUCCUACCCCAAAGAUGCUAGUUGCGUCCCUCCGUACAGCGGUAGUAGGGCUUGUGCGGCCCGUCACCGCUGCCAAAUCCAAAUCUUCACUAUCCUUGGAGGCACCCGAGAUGUAAGAGUCGGCGAUAGGGUCAAUAUAGAAGGUAGGCAUAGUAGCAUGUUCCCAAAUUGGUUGACAGCACCACGGCACUAGUCCCCAUCCUGGAAGCCAUCUCGUGGGAGUCUCACAGUGCGCCGUAUGAGCUCGCCUAACAUCCAAGUUCAUUGGGUCCCGGCCCUGUGAUACCUUGGUCUGUGUUCUUCGGCAGCCUCCAGAAGAUCCCGAGCCCGCUGUGUCACCCUCGCAACGUUCACCUAGGCGGGAAAGGGCUACACAUCAUGCCCAUGUAAGCUUAGUGAGCUAGCCCAAUGGACCUUCUCAGCAAAGACCAUACUCAAAAAGUGCGCUUCUAUCCCUCUUCCUCGCGAUCCUGCUGAGAACGCUCGUCUGAGUGGACGAACAGAUCUCGGAUGCUGUUCAUGCCGCCGUAUUUCCUUGUUGGAUUUGUGCGAAGUGAAGCCGUUCGUGACACAGAACGUCCGUUGAUGUAGGCCCAGUCACAUAACCUUCGAGGCUUUUUACAGCGAGGCUGCCCAUCGAUUGAACGGAUAUGAGUAUCUCUCGGGUUGCAACUUGCCCAGUGGGGAGUGUCAUUGAAAAGCCCACGAUACGAGUUUGGUGAGCGCCGAGCUGAAACAUAAACCCUUCGAGAACCAACUUCAGCUCUCCUCUUGCAUGCCUUCUCACCCACUCAGAGCUCUUAUUGGUAUUUCAUGCCGGUCACAGACCGAAAAUCUCAAAACAGAGAAAUGCUGCUAACAUUUCUUCGCACGCGCCAUCUACAUACAUCCUUUCUAUUUACGGCGCAUUCGCGGCCUUACCUACGUUAAGAUCCAUACUCCCCAAGCCCUUUUCUACAUGCUCACCGCGCCCAGUCGGGUACGUGCAGUUCUCACCCCCCAACCCAUUCUGCGGGAUGUGUGACCAGGGCCUCCGUACGAGGCCAUUAUUUUCGACCGAUAGCGCAAAGACACAAACACAAUGCCGCGUAGCUAGCCAGAGUUCGUGCUGGAACGGAUACCCUCCCUCCCUUGUCCGCACCUCAAUGUCACCGGGCCGUCCCCUCUGUGUGAGCUACCGGUGUGUACGAUAGCGCGAAGGUGAUAUAUAGCGGCACGUUUGGCUUCCUUUCGAGCUUUCAUCACCUCGCUUGGUCGUGUAUCUGGAGUUGCAUAAUUGGCCAUGCUCUUUUCCCGUCAUCUGCUCUCUUUCUCAUUUCCACGUGGCUGCCUCCCUCUGGCUCGUCUACAUUGACGCUCACCUUUUCGACCUCUUGUCACUGGAACCUUGGAUUCCCUUCCACUCGACUCCUUCGAUACUGUUUCCACAGUUACACUCACCUGUAUCGUCACUCGACCUCAUUGUUAUCGCGAGGGGGAAAGGUCCCAGGCCAGUCGAGCCGGGUCAAUAUGAGUUUGGGAGCGGAGAAUUGCGCUACGGACCUGGACGACGAGGGAAAUGACUGGGGAAAAGUUGCAAGCAAUGUUCCUGAUCCGCCAAAGUGUAUCGAGACCUGUCGAUCCCGAUUCCUUGAGAGAGUAGUCCCGGGCUUCAACAAGACAGGGUACCCCGAAGUUUGCAACGUGUUAUCCGGUAGCGAGGACGCGAAAGAGAGGUUAUGGGAGUUAUAUUGCUGCGACUCAACAUUCUGCGGGGUUCAGUUGGAUGGGAACCUCGGCCAAGAUCCCAACGUUAAUUAUAUCAUCAACAAUUGCCAAAACCUCGGAUCCGGCACAAUUCAAGACCCAGGCUUACCCCCAACCGGAUAUGCCUGUCCCAUAUCACCUAACGACCAAUCGAGAACCCCCUGUCCAAUGCCAUUCAUGGUGCCGGAUCCAAGAGGACCCCUCUCGACCAGAAUUAGUCCUAUGACACCGCUCGCACCAGAGUAUACAGCGCUUACGACGCUUACGACGUCGACAUCGGGCGUCAUUAGGUCCCCAACACGGUCCACACAAUCGGUAAUGAAGGCUCCGGGGGUCUCGGCCUCGGCCUCGGCUUCGAACCAAUCUCAAAUACACAGACACGGCGGAAUUCCACUGGGUGCUAAAGUCGCCAUCGGAGCCUCGUCCGGGGUGGCUUUCCUCGCGAUGCUGGCUUUCAUGAUAUGCCUUUUUCGACGCCGCACACGUGUCGGACACGCACACAGCCUCAAGAGCGAGAUAAGACACCCAACCCGUCGACAUGCCAUUCCUUCUCCUCCUCCACCCGUGAUGUCGCCCUUGGGUUCAACACAUGGAGGUUUCCGUACUCUGCAAACACCACCGGCCCGUCUGCAAGAACGCAGAAUCCUCCACCCUCCUACCAGUCUGAGAAACCCAAGAAUCAACGUCUCUAUUCCGGGGACGCCGCUGGGAGCCAUAUUCGGGCAGACAAGUCCUUCCAUACAGGUUCCCACGCCAUCGCCGACAGCCAACAAAUCUCCGCCCGGAUUUGACCGCUCAACCAAGCCCUAUUACGGCAAUCCCCCUCCGAGUGUCUUCAAAGACACCUCCAAAGCGGGCAAUACGGCAAGCAUGAGCAGUUCCGCAAGCGGGCGAACCGCCACCACCAUAUCCAACAUCUCCAGCUCGUUCCCGCAUCUCGUCCCAUCGUCGCCGACGCGGCCUCCUCGGCCCCAUGAGAAACCUCUGCACAUUCCCAACUUGGUGUGCCCCGGCCCUCCGCCGACUCGAUCACUGCCCUCACCGCCGCCUAGGAGUCCCUCGAGCCCGCUGUCCAUGUUCCGGACUCAACAGCGCGUGAAGAGCAGCAGCGGCGGCAGUCUCGAUGCCGCCAUCGAUAACGGGUGGGUGCCGCCGCGGAACCCUGCCCGGGGGGUUGUCUUGGGCAAGGAAUCAAAAGACCUGCACGACCUGACGGAAACUUGUGCUAGGGAGUCGCGGGAGAGGGACAGCUGGGGUAGCUGGAGCAUCGGCGUCGGCGGAACGGGGGUCGGGACUGGUUCGAUCCAAAAGAGGGGUGGAAGUGUAAAUAGCCCCGUGCUGGAAGAGGCGGAUUUAGAGAGGCUAGGGGGGAGAUACUAG